GUUGCUUUGGACUUUCCCAACAGAAAAAGCCCUGAUGAAAUUUGUCUAUCCUGAGGACGCCAACCAUCAAACAAAAUGAACAGCUCUGCUGCCUCAUCUUUUUCACCCUUAUUAGUUCAUACUGUGAUUGCUCACAUUUAUGUGUUCACACUCUCAGCCACAUCUCCUCCCACAUCCCCCAUUCUAAUCUCCUCUAUGACCACUUCUAACCCAACUGUGUGUUCAUUAGAUGAUGCAGCCCUCCGUCUGCUACUAGCUGUUCUCUAUUCUCUUUUGUUCCUCCUUGGCCUAGUGGGUAACCUCUUUGCCUUAUGGGUAUUCCUUUUUGUUCACGCCAGCCGCAACUCUGUGUGUGUGUUCCUCAUCAACUGCGCAGUGGCAGACCUGGUCCUUCUGGCAUGCCUGCCCUUCCGGAUCUUCUACCACUUUAAUGGAAACCACUGGCUACUGGGACAUGUGGCCUGCAAACUGGUGGGAAAUCUGUUCUACAUGAAUAUGUACAUAAGCAUCAUGCUACUGGGGCUCAUCAGCCUGGAUCGUUAUUUGAGGCUCAAAGGGAAGGGCAGAGUGAGGAGAGGUUUGGGGAUGCGACUGUGGGGGUGUAGUUGGCCGUGGAGUUGGGUGGCAUGUGGAGCACUGUGGGGCUUGUCUCUGGUAGCAUUGGUUCCCAUGAUUGCUACUGCGGAGGACAAAGAGGACAACCACAAAUGCUUCCAAUUCAAGCAGAGGCGGUUCGCCAGAGGGAAAGCCUACUUUAAUGUUGUGCUGGUGGGAUUGUUCUGGCUCGUCUUCCUCAUGCUCAUGGUGUCCUAUGCCAAGAUUGCCUACCGGUUAAUAAAAGUGUCACGGGACAAGCCAGAACUUCCAAAUGCACAAAGAUAUGUACGUACUGCAAAGAAAUCCUUUUUUGUCCUCUUCCUGUUCACCCUUUGUUUUGGUCCCUACCACACCUUUCGGCCCAUCUAUAUUCUCGCCCAGCUUAAUGCGACAGCAUCCUGUGACUACUUCCGUGUGGUAGAUCACAUCAACGAGGUCAUGCUGUUAUUCUCUGCCUUUAACAGCUGUUUGGAUCCUGUCAUGUACUUUCUUUUGUCUGGCUCAGUGCGCAAAACUGCCCUCCAUGCGCUUGAAAACCGACUUGGCAAUCGGCUUUUCUUCCAAAAUGAAGCCACAACCAACAGCUCAACAACAGAGUUCCGAAGGCCUUCAGUACCUUUGGGUUUACCAAGAACUGUGGACUGAGUCUUUCCCAUAGGGGUUGACAUUUCUGUUUCUUCAUGUUAAGUCACAAUAUUAAUGUAUUCUUCAUGUUGAGUCAAAAUAUUAAUGUAUCUGUAAGUUUAACACAUGUGCUGACAAAUUGGUUUUCUCACUGAGGUGAGUUAAGAAACCACCAGGAAAUCAGAUUAUAUUAACACCAUCAAGUGGGUGGUCAAGUGCCCGCUGUGUCGGUUAAGUGCUCAGGAAUGCUCCAUAUGGUCCGGGUGUGAGUGUUACACAGGUUAGGGGUCUAAUCUGGUGAGAGUCAUUGUUAUAGGCCAGUAAUUCUUAAAGUGUGGUAUGUAGGACCCCCUUCUGGUGGUACGGGAAAUGAUCAUUGAAUAGUCACACUUGCAACACUGCAGUUGUAUUGUUCAUAGGUUCUGCAAUUUCUGAUUUUCUGGAAGGCCAUGAAGGUAACCAAACGAGUGUAAUUUGUGAUUGGCUGGGGGAGUCGUGGGGCAGGGAGAGAGCAAGUGUGUGUCCAUUCAGACACUGACGGUUACAGGAAAUACAGUACAGUACUAGUUUAAUCUUGUUUUGACAUGAUUACG